CAGGGGGCGGGGCUUGCGUGGCGGCGUCAAGGGGCGGUGCCUCGGGUGGCGGGAAGAGGAGGCGCGAGAAUGGAGGUGGAGGCCGUCUGUGGUGGCGCGGGCGAGGUGGAGGCCCAGGACCCUGACCCUGCCCCUGCCUUCAGCAAGGCCCCCGGCAGCGCCGGCCACUACGAACUGCCGUGGGUUGAAAAAUAUAGGCCAGUAAAGCUGAAUGAAAUUGUCGGGAAUGAAGACACCGUGAGCAGGCUAGAGGUCUUUGCAAGGGAAGGAAAUGUGCCCAACAUUAUCAUUGCGGGCCCUCCAGGAACCGGCAAGACCACAAGCAUUCUGUGCUUGGCCCGGGCCCUGCUGGGCCCAGCACUCAAAGAUGCCAUGUUGGAACUCAAUGCUUCAAAUGACAGGGGCAUUGACGUUGUGAGGAAUAAAAUUAAAAUGUUUGCUCAACAAAAAGUCACUCUUCCCAAAGGCCGACACAAGAUCAUCAUUCUGGAUGAAGCAGACAGCAUGACCGACGGAGCCCAGCAAGCCUUGAGGAGAACCAUGGAAAUCUACUCUAAAACCACUCGCUUCGCCCUUGCUUGUAAUGCUUCGGAUAAGAUCAUCGAGCCCAUUCAGUCCCGCUGUGCAGUCCUCCGGUACACAAAGCUGACCGACGCCCAGAUCCUCACCAGGCUGAUGAAUGUUAUCGAGAAGGAGAGGGUACCCUACACUGAUGACGGCCUAGAAGCCAUCAUCUUCACGGCCCAGGGAGACAUGAGGCAGGCGCUGAACAACCUGCAGUCCACCUUCUCAGGAUUUGGCUUCAUUAACAGUGAGAACGUGUUCAAGGUCUGUGACGAGCCCCACCCACUGCUGGUAAAGGAGAUGAUCCAGCACUGUGUGAACGCCAACAUUGAUGAAGCCUACAAGAUUCUUGCUCACUUGUGGCAUCUGGGCUACUCACCAGAAGAUAUCAUUGGCAACAUCUUUCGAGUGUGUAAAACUUUCCAAAUGGCAGAAUACCUGAAACUGGAGUUUAUCAAGGGAGGGGUUCAGGCUGCUUCUGCUCAUGUUGGAAGGGGAAGUGGGAGCCUGUGCAUGCAGAGACCACCUGUCGAGAACGGAGGGAGGUGCCAGGCUCAUUUGAACAGCCAGCUCUCCAGGAAAUUGGAUACACUCACAUGAAAAUAGCGGAAGGAGUGAACUCCCUUUUGCAGAUGGCAGGCCUCCUGGCAAGGCUGUGUCAGAAGACAAUGGCCCCGGUGGCCAGUUAGAGCAGAGACUUCAUGACUGACUUACAGGUGCCCUAUUCUGAGGUACAGGAGCCGCGGCUUUCUGAUGGGGGAAAAUGCCGCCUUAGGCUGGAGCCAGCAUGACUGUCCUUUAAACUCCAGUGGCUGGCCAGGCGCGGUGGCUCACGCCUGUAAUCCCAACACUUUGGGAGGCCGAGGCAGGUGGAUCACCUGAGGUCAGAAGUUCAAGACCAGCCUGGCCAACAUGGGGAAUCCCUGUCUUUACUAAAAAUAUAAAAAUUAGCUGGGUGUGGUGGCGGGCACCUGUAAUCCCAGCUACUCGGGAGGCUGUGGCAGGAGAAUCGCUUGAACCCAGGAGGUGGAGGUUGCAGUGAGCCAAGAUCACACCAUUGCACUCCAGCCUGGGCGACAGAGACUCCAUCUGGGGGAAAAAAUUAAAUAAAUAAACUCCCGUGGCUUGCA